GACACCAGGACACGAUGGGGACACCCCUUGUCCCUCCGCAGGUGCUGGGGACCAUCCUGGGCCUGGCCGUCACCGUCAUGGCCAUCGCCGCGCUGGGCUGGUGGCUGCGCCUCAAGAAGGUGCCGGCGCAGGAGCCGCCGCGCUACCGCUUCCGCAAGCGGGACAAGGUCCUGUUCUACAGCCGCAAGAUCAUGCGGAAGGUGUCCCAGUCCACGUCCUCGCUGGUGGACGCCGGCACGGCCGGCGGCGCCGCGCGGCCCCGCAGCCGCAAGAAGCUGAAGGUGCUGAGCAUCGCCAAGAAGGUCUCGGCCAGCUUCCUGCGCAUCCAGAAGGAGCCGCCCACGCUGCAGCUGAAGGAGCCGCCGCCCUCGGUGCUGGAGGCCGACCUGACCGAGUUCGACGUGGCCUCGUCGCACCUGCCCUCCGAGGUGCUCUACAUGCUCAAGAACGUGCGGGUGCUGGGCCACUUUGAGAAGCCGCUGUUCCUGGAGCUGUGCAAGCACAUGGUGUUCCAGCAGUGCCAGCAGGGCGAGGACGUCUUCCGGCCCGGCCAGCCCGACACCAGCAUCUACGUCCUGCAGGAGGGCAAGCUGGAGCUGCUGCUCACCGAGGCGAUCAUCAUGGUGCGGCUGCAGCGCGUCACCUUCCUGGCCUUGCACAACUACCUGGGCUUGACCAACGAGCUCUUCAGCCACGACAUGCAGCCCCUGCGGCUCUUCCCGCAGCCCGGCCACGCCGCCCGCACCAGCCCCGUCCGGCACGGCAAGCGCGGCCUGGGCAGCGCCGACGAGGGCCGGGACGCCGCCGAGCUGAUGAAAGCCACCGGCCUGGAGGCGCCGGCGCCGCCGCCGCUGCUGAGCCGCUGCAUCUCCAUGCCCGUGGACAUCUCUGGCAUCCAGAAGGGUCCGCGCUCCGAUUUCGACAUGGCCUACGAGCGCGGGCGCAUCUCGGUGUCGCUGCAGGAGGACAGCAGCGGCGCCUUCGGGCAGGUGUCCCAGGAGCCCAAGGAGCGCAAGUCGGUGACGCUGGAGGAGCAGCCCUCGGGGAUCUACCACUACAGCUCCUGCGAGGAGGACACGGCCACGGGGACAACCACGGGGACAGCCACGGGGACAUGUCCCUUCGGGCCCUACCAGGGCCGCCAGACCAGCGACAUCUUCGAGGAGGCCAAGCGGGAGCUCAUCAAGCUCAUGAAAAUCGAGGACGUGAGCCUGCACUUCGUGCUCUGGGGGUGCCUGCACGUGUACCAGCGCAUGAUCGACAAGGAGGAGGACGUGUGCCUGUUCCUGACGCAGCCCGGCGAGAUGGUGGGACAGCUGGCCGUGCUCACCGGGGAACCCCUCAUCUUCACCAUCAAGGCCAACCGCGACUGCACCUUCCUCAAGAUCUCCAAGUCCGACUUCUACGAGAUCAUGCGUGAGCAGCCCAGCGUGGUGCUGAGCGUCGCCCACACCGUGGCCGCGCGCAUGUCGCCCUUCGUGCGCCAGAUGGACUUCGCCAUCGACUGGAUGGCCGUGGAGGCCGGGCGGGCGCUCUACAGGCAGGGGGACAAGUCGGACUGCACCUACAUCGUGCUCAACGGGCGGCUGCGCUCCGUCAUCCAGAAGGGCAGCGGCAAGAAGGAGCUGGUGGGCGAGUACGGCCGCGGCGACCUGGUGGGCGUGGUGGAGGCGCUGACGCGGCAGCCCCGGGCCACCACGGUGCACGCGGUGAGGGACACGGAGCUGGCCAAGCUGCCCGAGGGGACCCUCAACAACAUCAAGCGCCGAUACCCGCAGGUGGUCACCCGCCUCAUCCACCUCCUGAGCCAGAAGAUCCUGGGGAACCUCCAGCAGCUCCGCGGGCCCUUUGCAGGGUCCGGCCUGGGCAUGGCCUCCAGCUCGGAGCCCAUCAACCCCACCAGCAACCUGUCGACGGUGGCGGUGCUGCCCGUGUGCGACGAGGUGCCCAUGGCGGCCUUCACGCUGGAGCUGCAGCACGCGCUCAACGCCAUCGGCCCCACGCUGCUCCUCACCAGUGACAUCAUCCGCGCCCGCCUGGGCUCCUCGGCUCUGGAGAGCCUGCAGGAGUACCGGCUGUCGGGCUGGCUGGCGCAGCAGGAGGACCUGCACCGCAUCGUGCUCUACCAGACCGACUGCACGCUGACGCCGUGGACGCUGCGCUGCAUCCGCCAGGCCGACUGCGUCCUCAUCGUGGGGCUGGGCGACCAGGAGCCCGCCCUGGGCGAGCUGGAGCAGAUGCUGGAGAACGCGGCGGUGCGGGCGCUGAAGCAGCUGGUGCUGCUGCACCGCGAGGACGGCGCCGGCCCGGCGCGCACCGUCGAGUGGCUCAACAUGCGCAGCUGGUGCUCGGGCCACCUGCACAUCCGCUGCCCCCGGCGCGUCUUCUCGCGCCGCGGCCCCGCCAAGCUGCGGGAGAUGUACGAGAAGGUGUUCGAGAAGAGCGCCGACCGGCACAGCGACUUCUCGCGCCUGGCGCGUGUCCUCACCGGCAACACCAUCGCCCUGGUGCUGGGCGGCGGCGGCGCCAGUCCUCCUCCUCCCCAGUGCAUGAAUUCGGUUUUUGAGACCGUCCUGGACCUCACCUACCCCAUCACCUCCAUGUUCUCGGGCUCGGCCUUCAACGCCAGCAUCAACCGAGUCUUCCAGGACAAACAAAUCGAGGACCUGUGGCUGCCCUACUUCAACGUCACCACGGACAUCACGGCCUCGGCCAUGCGGGUGCACACGGACGGCAGCCUCUGGCGCUACGUCCGAGCCAGUGCCUCCUAUACCCCCUACCUGCCUCCGCUCUGCGACCCCAAGGACAGCCACUGGCUGGUGGACGGCUGCUAUGUUAACAAUGUCCCAGCCGACAUCGCGCGCAACAUGGGCGCCAAGACGGUGAUCGCCAUCGACGUGGGCAGCCAGGACGAGACCGACCUCUGCAACUACGGCGACUCCUUGUCCGGCUGGUGGCUCCUCUGGAAGCGCCUCAACCCCUGGGCCGAGAAGGUCAAGGUGCCGGACAUGGCGGAGAUCCAGUCGCGCCUGGCCUACGUGUCCUGCGUGCGGCAGCUCGAGGUGGUCAAGUCCAGCUCCUACUGCGAGUACAUCCGCCCACCCAUCGACCGCUUCAAGACCAUGGACUUCGGCAAGUUCGACGAGAUCUACGACGUUGGUUACCAGCACGGCAAGGUCGUGUUCGAGGGCUGGAGCCGCGGGGACGUCAUCGAGAAGAUGGUGAAGGAUCGGCGCUCGGCCGACUUCAACGACAGCAAACGGACGGACGAGUCCGAUUACCUGACCGAGUACGAGGACGAGGGCCCGGAGUCGCUGCGGGGCGAGGAGGACGCGGCCGAGUGGGGCAGCGCCGAGGCCGAGGAGGACAAGUCCCUUCGGCACCGCCCGAGCACGGCCGGGACCCCCCCGGCCCCUCCCGACGGCUUCUGA